AAAUAGAGAUGAGAGAAUCCUACUCCGUGGGAAGGGCUCGUGUUUAUUUAUUGUACAAGUUUUAAUUAAUAAACAAGAGAAAUAUUGAACUCACAGGAGUAGGUGAUGAGACUAUAAGAAGUGAUGCUCUGGUGGGCUAAGGAGAAAAACAAACAGCAGAAAAGGGUUUCUCCUUCCCUUUUGGCUGGCUAUACCCAUAGCUUCCUAGCUACUGUAACAUCUAGCUAGCUUUCUCUGUCUCGCUAUCCCUCCCUUUGGUCGUCAUCAUCAUCAUGGCUUCAUCAAACAGACACUGGCCAAGCAUGUUCAAGUCCAAGCCUGCUGAUUGCAGCACGCACCACCAAUGGCAGCAUGACAUCAGCCCUUCUCUCGUCUCAAACAGCUGCCACCGACCCUCCUCUUCCUCAGUGGGAGGGUGUGAAGAACGCAGUCCGGAGCCAAAACCCAGAUGGAACCCAAAGCCGGAGCAAAUUCGCAUACUCGAAGCAAUCUUCAACUCCGGGGUGGUGAAUCCUCCGAGGGAUGAGAUCAGGAAGAUUAGAGCUCAGCUGCAAGAGUACGGUCAAGUCGGAGACGCCAAUGUGUUCUAUUGGUUCCAAAACCGAAAGUCAAGAAGCAAGCACAAGCUCCGCAACCUCCACAACUUACCCAAGCAACAACAAACCCAUCAUCGCCACACCCAUCUUCCUAUCUCCACGCCCAUCUCCGCAGCCACCACUCUCAACAUCAUCAAUGCCGCCGCCCCUUCGUCGUCCUCGUCGUCCUCUGAAAAAUCAUCCCCCAAAGCACCAAACAACAAGGCUUUCUCCAUGGGGUUCUCCACUCAUGAUGUUUCAAUUAUCUCUCCAAUUGCUUCUGUGAACCAAAGCACUAACUUUUUCCAGCCUCACCAUCCUCACCACAACGAGGUCUUGCCUGAAUCGCCGUUCUUUUUUCCGGUGCAUCAGGGCAACAUUAAUCCUAAUUUGACACAAGGGUUUUGCUUAUCUGAGCUGGCUAAUGUGGUUCAUGUUCCAAAUCAUGAGCAAACUAAUAAUAAUAACAUUGGACCUUGCACUAGUCUCCUGCUGAGUGAGAUCAUGAACCAUGGGGGAAUAUCAAGGAAAGAAUAUCACCAUCAGGAAGAUCAGAUCAUGGCCAUGAAGAAUGUGGAUAAUCAGCAGCACCUGACAUCUCCAACUACUGCUGUCGCUGCUUCUACUAAUCCUACUGUUGCUGUUCCAUCCCCCAUGUUUCACAACAUUCAAGGUAGUGUUGGCGAAGCGGGUGCAAUGGCUCCGGGAGGUCCGGCGAAAUCAACGGUAUUCAUAAACGACGUCGCAUUCGAGGUGGGUGCGGGUCCCUUCAACGUGCGUGAGGCUUUCGGGGAUGACGCCGUUCUCAUUCACUCCUCCGGUCAGCCCGUUCUCACCAAUGAGUGGGGUCUCACCCUCCACUCUCUCCACCAUGGCUCUUUCUAUUACCUGAUAUAGAAGAGGUGGAAGCAAGCUAGAAGAGACGGGCUUCGGUUCUGUGUGUCUUUUCUAUAUAUAUGUCUUCUUUAAUCUGCGUUAGGGUUUGCAAUAUUAUAAGAUAGGGCUUCAUUCCGUUUUGUGGAUCUAGGGUUAUUUCAGAGUUUGUGGACCUAUUUAUGUACCAUUAGUGUACCUGUUUCUGGUUAUAUAAAGGUUGAUUAUAUAUAUUUACCUGUGGGGUGUGUUUUUUCUAUGAAAGUUUUAACCUGCACAUCAUGCUCAUGUGCA